AUGCAGCUACGGCAUCGUAUCCACUCCGACCAUUGUGACCCCUUAGACUACCCCCAAACCCUCGACGAAGCGAAGGAGCGCCUCCGCAUACAGGCAGAACACACCGCCCAGUAUGCUCGUGCUGUGGCAGAAGACUUCCAGGAGAAAGCCGAGCAGGAGAUGUCCUAUUUAUCGGACGAAGAGAUCAAUAACGAAAUAGACCGAAUGAGUCAAGAAGCAAAGGAGGACAUCGAUAGGCAUAUAGGAGAAACCACUGAAUGGCUGAAGGCUUUCACGAGGAACGUCGCUAGGAGAGAUGUGGGAGAAGAACAAGAGAGGCCGUUGGUGAGGAGCGUCUCGAAGAGACAAGCAGGGGAGGAACAAGGGAGGACAUUGAUACAUUGUGUCAAGCAGGCUUUUCAUACCGCGUUCAAAGCUAUCACUGACUGUUUCCGCUGGAUUUGUGAAAAGAUUCGACAGGGAUGGUCGAAGUUCAAAGAGGGAGUACGAUGGGUGGUUCAGGAAGUUAAAGAAUUGGUGAAGCGCGCUAUCUCCGAUAUAAGGCAGCUCUUCCAGGUGGAUGUUCACUCGGGGUAUGCUUUGUGA